UCCGAGGAAACCAUAGGAGGGAGGAAAGCAAAUCUUUCAUCUUUCAACUUUCAACUUCAAAAUAAAUAAAUAAAAGAGAGGCACAAAAACUUAAGAGAGCCCCCACAAAGGGAACAAGACAGACAGUCACACGGCAGAGAGAGAGAGAGAGAGAGAGGGGCUCUCUCUUGUCUUGAAGAGCUCAAAAAUCCCCUGCUCCAACGGUCUCAAUUUCUCUCUCUCUACUCAUCUCCUCUAUCUCCCUCCCUCUCUUUUUUGUACCUAUUUUGUUUUAACACGAGUAAAUGGUGUUGUUGAUGGGAUCUUUUUAGGAUCUAAUUCUGGGUUGUCUUGUUUUGAGAUCUAGCUGAUCAAGGUGAGAUCGGAAGAAGUUACUGGCUGAGACGUCAAGGUUUUGCCUUUAUUAAGGUGGUUUAUGCUCUAGACUUCUAGUUACGCAAAUUCCAAAUACAUAGCAUCCCAUUAUCAACGGUAAGGGUCACUAUCUCCUUCUAAGAACCAGUCAUAAGGAGGGUUCUGCUAGGAUUUUGGCCUCUAUUGCGGGUUUUGUAAUUUGAGAGGAAAAACAUCAAAGUUUUUUUACUUAAGCAUCAAUAACAGGUUUGGUGGUGUUUUGAGAUACUGAAACAAAAUCCGGUAGUUCAUUGAAUUGUGUGCUGCUAUUCUGAUUGGUAUUUUGGGCGCUGGUCGGGGAGAUAGAACUUGGUAUGGCUGUUGCCAAGAGCAACAGCAGCCGUGAAUCCUUGAAGCAACCCUGCAACUGCUAUAGAGUUUCAAGCUUGACUGAAACCAUUCUGGACACGCACCAGAUCUCUAAUUUGAAAGAUAGGUAUGUUCUUGGAGAGCAAUUAGGUUGGGGACAGUUUGGUGUUAUUAGAGUGUGUACUGAUAAGUUGUCCAGAGAGGUUCUGGCUUGCAAAUCGAUUUCCAAGGAUAGACUGGUGACAUUAGAUGAUGCAAGAAGUGUCAAGCUUGAGAUUGAAAUAAUGACCAGGUUAUCUGGGCAUGCUAAUGUUGUGGAUCUCAAGGCAGUUUAUGAGGAUGAGGAUUAUGUUCACCUGGUAAUGGAACUUUGUGCUGGAGGGGAGCUUUUUCACCAGUUAGAAAAGCAUGGACGCUUCUCCGAGGCUGAGGCUAGGGUUCUCUUCAGGCAUCUUAUGCAAGUGGUCCUUUAUUGUCAUGAAAAUGGAGUGGUUCACAGAGAUUUGAAGCCGGAGAAUAUCCUCUUAGCUACAAAAUCCUCAUCAUCACCAAUUAAAUUGGCAGAUUUUGGUCUUGCAACCUAUGUCAAGCCGGGUCAGAGUUUGCAUGGGACUGUUGGAAGCCCAUUUUAUAUAGCUCCAGAGGUAUUGGCAGGAGGCUAUAACCAGGCUGCUGAUGUUUGGAGUGCAGGGGUGAUUCUCUAUAUUCUUCUCAGUGGGAUGCCACCAUUUUGGGGUAAGACCAAGUCAAGGAUAUUUGAUGCUGUGAGGGCAGCUGAUCUGCGGUUUCCUUCUGAUCCUUGGGAUCACAUAACUGAAUCUGCGAAGGAGUUAGUCAGGGGUAUGCUUUGCACAGAUCCCUCGCAAAGGUUUACUUCUCAGCAGGUUUUAGAUAAUUCCUGGAUGAAGCAUGAUGGACCAUAUCCUGAAGAAUCUAGUCAACGUGAAAAGCAAAUUUGUGAAGAAUGGGAUUUAGGCGGCAGCUCACUCUCCAUAUUAAUGGCCAGGGAUCAGGACGUCAGCUUUGGCACUGGAUCACCUAUCAUUCAUGAUGUUCAGUCUCCUACUUUCACUUGCAGAUCAUCAUUCUCUUCUUUCCUAGGGGAGCCAUCAACACCUAGCUUUGUAUCUGGUGGAUUCUCUUUUCGCAGCAGUGAUGAUUCAAAUGCCUUGGAAUUCAUAUCCCCUGUAUCCUCAAUGCCGAGCUUUGCAUUCUCCAGCCCUGGUCCUGUAAUUGAGCAAGGGAGUUCUACAUUAGAAUUCUCAAGCAACAUUUCUAGGAUAGAUUCAGUUUGUGGAGGUCAUCAACUGUUAGAGGGAAGCUUGGAUAAGAUGGUUCUGUUGCCGGAGUCUUCUCUGUGCUGUGGACGUGAAGCCAGAGAAAUGGAAAACAAGCCAGUUGAAGUUAAGAGAGCAGGAGCAGCAAUAGGGUCCAGGAUGUUGGGCAUGCACAGUAAGAGGAACCGCACUAUUGGUCUCGGUGAGCGUGAGCAACUUGAUCUCAUGGUGACUGAAUCAGUCAUCCGCUGGGCAUCCUGCACUCACCUUCCAACAGCACCAUCUCUAAGGUCUUCUCUUGUCUGUUGAGAGAGAGAAUCAGCUGACAGCCAGACUCAACGAGAUGAAUGGGAUUUUAGGUGCAGAAAGUGCUGUGCUCACAUGAUAGUCAAAAUAGCUAGUGUGUGUAAUAGUUUUGUAUCAUAUUUUUGUUGCCGAGAGUCCCUGUGUGCCUAAGCCUGUUUCAGGCUAGCUUUCAAACGAGUGAUGAGUGAUGUCCUUCUGAUGAGCUAAUCUUGAAUCUGUUCACUACUAAAAGCAAAUGUCUUUCUGAUGAGCGAAUCUUGAAUCUGUAAACUAUGAAAAAGCAGAUGUCCUUCUGAUGAGCUAA